AUGGAGAGUAUUUGCACCUUUGAGCCGUUCUAUUUGCGAGGGGACAUCAUUGGAACCCCUAUUAACAAUAUCGACAAUAUCCGUGUGAGGUCGCUUAACGCGUAUCUGGAUAGGCACAAGCUAGAACUUCCUGCUUACCCGAGCGAAGAGGUCGCAGUCCGAGAAUGUACGCUGGUAAUCCAUGAUCUUCUGAGAAACAUCGACGAAGAGAACGACGUUCUCAAGCGACUUCAUGAAACCGCUGCACAGCAUAGAGUCAGUACUUUUUCUAUCGUUCGAGGAGCCUUGGCCAUGUGGUAUAACAGCGCUCUCCCAGCUCUCUCGCGUGAUCCCUCACGCGGAGGGAAUUCCAACUCAGAUGAACAUCUGCACGAGUGUUCAACAGCUGAGGCACCAUGGAAUCAUAUUUUCUCUUCAGAAAAAUAUGGUACUGCAAAUAUUGGUAUUGUCGCCAUGUUGAUGACUCUUGAACGAUGGGAAAAGGAAAACCACCCUUUGCUGAGGAUUGGGUCGCUGGUGUCCAAGUCAGUCACCACACUCAUCUUCGCUGUUUUUUUGAUCACUCCACAAAUGGUCAACCAAGAUUGGAUUAAAGAAUCAAAGCAAAAAGAAAUUAAGGAGACAAUGGGGACAUUCCUGAGGUGCUCUUGGGCUAUGUCUCGUGAAAAUUACGAUAUGGUUGAUUGUCAUCCACCUGGCACCGAGUUUGGAGCUACUCUUGAUGAAAUCGCAAUCGACUACACGGGAAGAAAUCUCAUUACCAAGAUUGGACGUCCGGAAUGGGGAAUCGCAUCGCUUUCGCAUCCGAUGAGAAGAGUCCCCGGAUCUCAGUGGAACAAGUUCUUGAAGAAUCACCGCCAGCCCAUGUUUCCAAAAGCGCCACAAGCGGAGACAUAUGAAGACUACUACUCCGAAUUGCGCACCCGCAUGGAUAUGACAGGGCGUCCUCGACAAGUCUUGAACAGCAAACAAUCGGAGGAUCAGCACAAAACCCUGUCCAACUCCACAGGCGAAAGUUACUCAACUAUGGAGCUCACUGAGAAUGCGAGUUAUAAUAACUAA